AUGCUUUACAAUGUCGCUGAAGCUAAACAGCGCGUGUGCGUGAUUGGCGCGGGUAUGUCUGGAUUAGCUGCCAUUAAAUUGUUACGUGAUUAUCCUCAUGAUUUUGAACCAAUCGCCUUUGACAAGAAUGCCGAUGUCGGCGGUAUGUGGAUUUAUACCAACAGCACUGAUGUUGAUGAACACGGUAUACCUAUAAUCAGUAGUUUGUACCGCGAAUUGAGAGUUAACUUGCCGAAAGAAUUGAUGGCAUAUCCAGAUUAUCAAGAUUUUAUUGGCCAAGAGGAUCGAAGCUACGUGUCUCAUGAAAUGGUUCUAGAGUAUUUGAGAAAUUACACAGAACACUUUAAUCUUCGCGAAAAUAUUAAGUUUGAAACAUUUGUCGAAAAAGUGAUACCAAUAUCAGACAAUAAUAAUUGGCAAACAACAAAACAACAAAAUUGGAGCAUCAUGUCGCGAAACUUGGAUACAAAUGAAACUGAUGAAACUAUCUGCGAUGCAGUCAUGAUUUGCAAUGGGCACUUUUUUAAACCACACAUCCCGAAAAUUCCUGGAAUAGAAAGUUUUUCUGGGCGAAUAUUACACAGUCAUACUUACAGACAUCCAGAAGAGUUUAAAGAUAAGAUAGUUGUUCUUUUGGGAGCUUCAGCAUCUGGUAUGGAUAUUGGCAUCCAAAUCAGUUCAUAUGCCAAAACGGUUUAUUUAAGCCAUAGACACGACAAGUAUAAAUUAGAUUUUCCAAAAAACUUGAUUCAAGUGCGAGGUAUCGUGGCAGCGAACGGAAGUGAACUCACCCUCCAAGAUGGUUCUAAAAUAACCGUCGACGUUUUUAUGUUUUGCACAGGCUAUCUUUACGAAUUCGCAUUUUUGGAUGAGAGUAGUAAUCUAUUUUUUGAAAAGAGAAAGCACGUGCGUCCUUUGUAUAAGGACUUCAUAAACGUCGAACACUUGUCGAUGGCCUUAAUUGGAUUACCCGAUUUUUACGUCAAAGGAGUGUAUUACUAUUCUCAGAUAAAAUUCUUUCGAAAUUUGUUGCUAGGCAAAAUCAAAUUGCCAAGCUAUGAGAUAAUGAUGGAGGAAUCUAAACGUCCACCACCAAAAACACCUCGAGGAAAUGAAAAUCUGACACACGACCCAGAGUGGGACUACUGUGCUGAUCUUGCUAAGCAGGGCAGGUUUGAGCCUCUACCUGCUUUAUAUGAAAAAAGUAUGGAACUGUAUCACUAUAUAUUUAGGAACUUCGCUGACUUUAGAAAAUUCGAUUUGAAAUUACUUGAAAAUGGCAAGCCAAUAUUUGUCCGAAGACAAAAAGAGUAA